GAGUCUCUCCCCCUGUCCUUCCUUCGCUCGCUCGCUCAGCAGACUGGGUCGACAGACGGACAGAGCGGGGAGUGACAGACAGCGGACAGAGAGACAGAGAGACAGACGCAGACUUGCCUCCGCCAUCCGCUCGCGUCGGCCUUUUCCCACAGCGGCUGGUGGCGCAUUGUGUCAAAGCUGCAGCUGCAUCUACUGCUGCGUCUUCGAUUGCUCUCGCUCUCGCUCGCUGCUCAGUGCGCGCGCGGGGUUUGUGAGAGGAGGAGGAGGAGGGAAGGAAGGAGGAGGAGGGGAGCGGAGCGCUCGAGCGAUGGGGGACGGGCUCGACGUCGGUUCCAGCUGCUGUUGAGACGGCUCGGCCGCGAGGCAUUUUGAUAAUUCGAGCGUCGGAUCGGGACUCUGGUGCUGGCGGUUCUUGGAGUCUUUCUGCUCCCUCUUGUUGUGUGACAGACAACAGGCAGGCUUGGUGUUUCGGGUCGAGCGAGCGAGGGAGGGGAGGUUUCUUGGCUCGUUGGUACGGGUUGGGCUACUUGGAAGCGAACACGCUCUUGCUUCCGGUGGGUGGGUGAGGGGUUGCGGUGCAUCGUUGCUGUUACUUUGGUUCCGUGCACUAGGUUUAUAGCUAUCGAGGCCGGCUUUGCGAACCGACGAGGCCCGAGGUUUAGCAGCACGAGGACGAGCGUCGGUGGGAUUGGACGAGUCCGCACUCGAACAGAGGAUAGUGGCUGGCAUUGUGUCUGGAUCGCCAGAGGUCUCGUGGCUGUGCUCCUGGAGAGUCGCACGCACCUGCAUUGUAGCAGGAGGGUUCUGUCGGCUGGAUCUCGACAGUUUUGACGAAGCCGUCAGGGCUCAAGCGGUCGUGGCGAAACGUCGAUGGCGGCUACCAACAUUGGGAUGAUGGACGGAGCGUAUUUCGUUGGGCGGAACGAAAUUUUGGCGUGGAUUAACUCGACGCUGCAACUCAAUCUGAACAAGGUUGAGGAGGCUGCCUCCGGAGCUGUUCACUGCCAGUUGAUGGAUGCGGUGCAUCCAGGAGUCGUUGCAAUGCACAAGGUGAAUUUCGACGCCAAAACUGAGUACGACAUGAUUCAAAAUUACAAGGUGUUGCAAGACGUUUUCAACAAAUUGAAGAUUGGAAAGCACAUCGAGGUGAACAAAUUGGUGAAGGGAAGACCAUUGGACAACUUGGAGUUUAUGCAGUGGCUGAAGCGAUACUGUGAUUCGAUCAAUGCAGGAGGGCAUGGGUACAAUGCCGUGGAGAGAAGGGAGGCAUGUAAAGGUGGGAGGGAGGCAAAUAAAAAGGCUGUGCUACCUAGUAAUGCAGGUUCUUAUUCCUCUGGCAAGUCUACUCCUAGCGCGCGUCCCAUCACCCCUGCUGCCUCGUCUCUGCGCAAGACAGACAACUCUCAUACAACCUCCAGUAUGAGUAGGGGAGGCGGCAAAACUGCAUCCAGUCUUUCGAAUGUGACCAGCGUACCUCCUGCCCAAAUUCAAGCUCUAAACGAGCAGAUAACGGAGCUAAAACUCUCCGUCGACAGUUUGGAGAAGGAAAGAGACUUCUAUUUUGCCAAGUUGAGAGACAUCGAAAUACUCUGUCAAAACCCCGAACUCGGUCACCUUCCUGUGGUCAUGGCAGUUCAAAAAAUUUUGUACGCAGCUGAUGACAACCCUUCAGUGAUUGCGGAGGCUCAGGCGAUGAUUUGCCAAUCUGCUCUUGAUUACCCGAAAGAUAUCUCGGAAGACGAUUCUUUUUUUGAUUCCUUAACGGCUAAGCGCGAUAUGCAUAAGCGCAAACAACUCAAUAUACCCGUCGAGGUGGAUGACUCAUCAACACUUUUGUCACCGCGGUCACGCAGAGUAUCUUGUGGGGGUUCUAAUGGAGAAUAUAUUCAAGGUCAAUCUCCUGUCAAGGUACAGUAACAUAGCGGCCCAGGUACUUUAAAUUGGUUUAUCAGCGGGGCCUACUUCGGGAAGCUCACUUGCAUUUGUUUGAAUCCAGGAUGCAACGGAAUGCUCUCCAAUGAGGGAGGUAUAGUAUUUAUCCCAGCUAGCCAUUACAGAGGUAUUUAUUUUCGGUACUAGUAGAUGUAUAUUCAAGCAGGUCAUCUGCAUGUUCCUUGGGAAUCUGGAAGCAACAACUUGUUUCAGCAGACAUGCCCAAAGGAUUGUUUCAUGUUAGUGCACACUAGUCUCCUGGAAGGUGGAUUCAGAAUGGUGUAGAGUUUCUCCAACACUUCAUCCUCUUUCCAUUCCAUUCUGAUACGCAUUUCCAGGUCUUUGCAUAUACGUUUUUGUAGACUCUUGGUGUUCUGUAUCAUCACACACUCGGCUCAGGGUAUUAGGGUUAUAGCGGUAGUGCAUGCCCACUGAAGAGAUCCUCCUCGAACUGCAAUGUUGUAUCUCCUUGUUUCUUUUGAGAGAAUUAAGCAGAACAACUUUUUGCUGGUACGUUCACUUUUAAUAUUAAAAGAUCACUUUACACUCCAGCCCACUGUAGUUUCUGGCAGGACUUACUAUAGUGAAAGGCAGUUUUUAUUCGCCUGGAUAGGAGAUGUUGAGGCUGCGUGUCUCCUCUGCCUUAAGGACUUCAGAUGUGUAAUUUUGAAGCACUUGAACAGUAUAAAAGCCUGGGCUUUGGCUUCCCUGAAAACAUUUGUGCAGAACUUGCUGUCGUGAUUGCACCUCUUGUCAAGUGGGUUUCAGUCUUUGUGUGGCAAAGGCAUAAGACUUUGGUUUCUGCUGAGCUCAUCAUUUUCGCGGUUUUUCAAUCCCCGCAGCGACUACCCCUUUGCUUUCACGUAUGAAUGGAGUUGUUUGUUUUGUUUUGUGCUUCCGGGCUGUUACUCAAACAUCGGUGACGUGAACUCACUCGCUGGGAUCGCUCUUCUUCCACCCUCAAAAGGCUUUCCUCUGGUGAAGGGCAGUAUCUACACCAGCCACUUGUGCUCCCUAUUGCCAGAAAAGUCGAUGAUCAUGUUGUUUGAAUCUCCCAUCUGGAAAGGAUAGGGUUGUCUUGUCAAGGCCU